UAUAUACAAUUCAAGAAAGCAGGGGAGAAGAUACUGAGAAAGAGCAGGAGGCGGAGUGUGGAAAAACCCGGAUUAAAAUGGUUCGAAGGGCAGCCAUUAAUGGGAUUUAUGCAAUUGAAUCAUCUUUUGCAGAGUCUGAAGAUUUUAAAAAAUUCAAUCUUGGAGCAUUUGGCCCUCUUUUUCGAAUUUUCUGACGAGAAUUUACCCACCUUUUUGAUGUUUAGGUGAUCCGUAUUUGUUCGAAGGAUUAAUUGGAGCCCUGUUGAUGGAAUUGGGAACUCGAACCUAUUUUUUUUAGCAGAAUUAAUUUUUUUGCUGCCAUAAAACUUGCUUGGAGAACAUCUACGGGUAAAAAUUGAAGAUGUUCAUGUCUUCUUUUCAAAUAAACUAUAAAGACGGCUUCGUGAAAUUUUGAAAGGAAAUUAGUAAUUUGCAGUGUGAGGAUGAGGAUUUUGCAGAGAGAAUGGAGGAUUUUGGGGGGCUUUUUUAAGUAUAUGCUCUAAAUCUUAAGAUUUAAGAUUUUUUUUUGUAAUCUGUAUAAAUUUCUGUGUUUCUGCUUCAAGUCCGAGGAUUCAAAGACUUUUGUCAUAACUUUUUGUGGUUUUGCUUCAAAUCCACGGACUUGCGGGUAUUUUUCUCAGUCUGGACUCAAAUCUGAAGGAUUGUAGUGUUUUGUCAAAAUGGAUAUGGCGGUAGAACUGGAAAAUCCAAUUCCUCGUGGAGAUUUUUUACCGAAAUGGGGAAUCCGCAAGCGAAUGAGUUGCGUCAAGCCACAUGUUAAGCAGGCCGAGGCCGUUACAGAUAAGAAGUCCGCUAUUCAUAUGGACAGGCGUGUUUUUAGAGCCAAUAAAGAAGAAUAUGCUGCCGAGUUAACAAUAUCCUCUCAAGAACAUCACUACCAAGUGAAAUUAGCCGUUGAUAAAAAAGUGUCGGUGCCUUGCAACAACAGUUCUCAUUCCUCCGCACCUCGUCCAGAAAGGAGUACCAGAUUGCAGCAUCCGAUAAAUAAUAUUAUGAGCACCAGGAGCAGCAAUCAUACUGACCAAACCAACAUAAUGCAACAUAGCAAGCCCUUGAAUUUGGAGCCUCUGAUUUGGCCAAAAAUUUGUCUGACCCUGCCUCUUGGCCAGAUAGAGGAGGAUUUUUUAGCAAUAAAGGGCUCGAAAUUGCCAGUGAAGCCCAAAAAGCGCCUCAAGUCUAUUCAGAGGACAAUCCAUAGUGUUAGCCCUGGUGGUUGGCUCAACGAUAUUUCUCAAGAGCGGUAUGAAGUGAGGGAAAAGAAAUGUACAAAGAAGAGACCAAGGGGUUUGAAAUCAAUGCGAAAAGCAGAAAGUGAUUCAGAAUAAUCAGGCAGUUCCAUCUCAACUGCACUCUCAGCUGCAUCUAUCAUACAUGACAUUCAAUCUCAUUAAUUUGUCUGAUGACAUGAGUUUCGUCAAUUAAUUUGUCUUCCAGGACUCACAAUCAGAAGCUAAACCUUAAGAUUCAAGGAGUCUUCAAUAGGAUGUACCAUGUGUUUGAAAUGGAAUGAAAUGUAUACAAAUCAAAUAGCAUCAACAAUGUUGAGGGAUGUAACAUUUCUGAAUAAAAAACCUAUCUCAAAGCAAUAUCAAUGGUUCAAUUCUUUA